AUGAGCUUUUCCAACUCCCGCCUGAAAGGCUUUGGUUUCGGCAAACGCAAGUCAACUGCUAGUAUCCAGACACCCGAUCCGAACCAAACCCCAAGCCCGACCCCUCCUCCUCAGGGUGGUCACCCCUCCGGUGCCCCUCAAAUACCGCAACAGAUUCCCGUUCGCCCAGGCUCCAUUGCCUCGACAUCUUCUACUUCAAUCGCUCCGAUGAAUCAACACCCAGGCGCCGGUAACCGGCCUCCGAGCUACUCGGCCAACUUUCCCCAAGGCGGUCCUCCUCCCAUGGGUCGCACCAGCCCAAUGACUGGUCAGGGUCCGGCUCGCACCCCGCCUUCUCAGAUGGUUGGCGGUCCUCCUCCCAUCAACACUGGUGCUCCCGUCGCCGGUUAUCCCCCUCAGCUUCCUCCCAUCGGCGGUCAGGGACACCCCAUGGGUGGUCCUCCUCAGUACGGAGGCGGCGGCGGCAGCGGUGGCUAUCCUCCCCCGGGUCCUCCUCAGGGUGGGCCGAUGGCACAGUACCAGCGCGGCGGCAGCGCGGCUGAGGUGGAAGGCAACAGCAGGAGUAAGGCUCAGCUGAUUGUCGGUAUCGAUUUCGGUACAACUUUCUCCGGUGUGGCGUUUGCUUUUGCGACAAACAACGAAGCCAAGGAAGACAUUAUAACAGAAUGGCCUGGCGCUGGUUCAUACACGAAGCAAAAGGUAGGAAGCGAAGGAAGACUUACGGCCCUCAGAGAUAGCGCGAUUCCCACGGUUCUCUACUACGAUCAGUACCAGAAGGUUGUUGGCUGGGGUCCCGACAUCGCCGAUGCCCUCGCUCCCACUGGAUACCCGAAGCCCGGCGUGCAAAAGGUCGAAUGGUUCAAGCUGCAGCUCAUGUUGUCCGGCAACACAUAUAUCGACCCCAUUAACUUGCCUCCUCUGCCUCCUGGAAAGUCCGAAAUCGAUGUUGCGGCCGACUAUCUUUUCAAGCUCCGCCAAGCUAUGCGCUCGGCUCUGCAAAAGACACUCGGUGAAGUAUUCAAUCGUGAGGAGCGAAACAUUCGUUACUAUCUCACCGUUCCUGCCAUUUGGAACGAUGCAGGAAAGGCCGCCACCAGAGCCGCCGCUAUCCAGGCCGGUUUCCUGAGAGACGAAAACGACAACCGAUUGACGCUAGUUUCCGAGCCCGAAGCUGCCGCUAUUUUCUGCUCCAAGACGGGACUCUUGAACCUCAAGGUCCACGACGCCGUGCUAAUUGUCGAUUGCGGUGGUGGUACUGUCGAUUUGAUCGCGUACGAAGUCGAGGAGGAGAACCCCUUCACCGUUGCCGAAUGCACGGCAGGAUCUGGUGAUUCUUGUGGUUCAACAGCGCUAAACCGCAAUUUCAGCAACAUCCUCCGCACCAAGAUUCGCAAGAUGAAGCUGCCCGACGGAUCCAAGACGGCGGGCCGCGUGUACGCCAAGUGCAUUAUGGACUUUGAGAACCGUAUCAAGGCCGAUUUCCGCAACAACGGCCAGAAGUGGGCCGUCGAUGUUGGUAUUGAGGCCGAGUUCCCCGAGGCCGGCAUCGAGGAGGGCUACAUGACGUUCACCAACGAGGAGAUUCUGCAGUGCUUCGAGCCCGUUGUUAACCGCAUUCUCGAGCUCGUCAGAAACCAGAUCAUUGCCAUCCAGGCCCAGAAUCGGACGUUGCAAAACAUUCUCGUUGUUGGUGGAUUCGGUGCCUCCGAGUACCUCUUCCAGCAGAUUAAGCUCCACGUUCCUCCCCAGUUCCAGUCCAAGGUCGUCCGCCCCAUGGACUCCGUGGCCGCCAUCGUCAAGGGUGCUGUUACUGCCGGCAUCACCGAGCGUGUCGUCACACACCGUGUUGCUCGUCGUCACUACCUCAUGGCCACCUUGCAGCCCUUUAAGGAAGGAUACCACCCCGAGGCCUACCGCGUGCCAUCCCUCGACGGCAAGGAUCGUUGCAAGUUCACCCGUCAAAUCUUUGUGCAAAAGGGCCAGAAGGUCAAGAUUGGCGAGCCCGUCAAGGUCUCGUUCUUCCGUCAAGUUGCCCCUGGCGCGACGCUCAUGUACGAGGACAUUUUGUACGCCUGCGACGACGAUGUUUGCCCUGAGUAUACUAAGGAUCCUCGCAUCAAGGAAGUUGUCACUCUGACCUCGGACCUGUCGCGGAAGAACCUCGAGAAGGACUUUGAGAGAAUGGACACACCACAGGGCACAUUCUACCGCGUCUACUUUGAUAUUUACCUGACGCUCGACGGAUCCGAGUUCAGCGCAGAGCUGGUGUGCCAAGGCGAGGUCAUGGGUCGCUGCAGAGCGCGCUUCAGGUAA